UGCUUUAGCGCUGCUCUCUUCGUCUCGUCCACUCGAUCUGAUCCGACCGAGCGAACGACCUUGUGUGUUUGUCCUGCGUGACACCUGACCAUGUGGAGCACCUUCCUAGAAGUAUCCAAAAACAGCCCCUUCACGGGUCCUGUGCAAACUGCGAAAUGCGAGCCCGCAGAAAUGAAGACCCUCGUUCCAGGACGGACAAUCGCCGCCGCUGCUAUCGCAGAAGGUGACAGCUGCGAGUUCGGCUCCUCAAAAUACUUUGCCCUGUGCGGUUUGGGCGGUAUUCUUUCCUGUGGUAUCACACAUACCGGCAUUGUUCCUCUUGAUCUGGUCAAGUGCCGUAUCCAGGUCAACCCUGCCAAGUAUCAGUCUGUCGUCCAUGGUUUCAAGGUCACCCUUGCUGAGGAUGGCACCCGAGGAUUGGGCAAGGGAUGGGCACCAACCUUCUUUGGAUAUUCCGCUCAGGGCUUGUGCAAAUUUGGAUUGUAUGAGGUAUUCAAAGUGUUUUAUUCUGGCGUGAUCGGCGAGGAAAACUCCUACCUCUACCGCACGUGGCUCUACUUGGCCGCGUCUGCCAGCGCUGAAUUUUUCGCCGACAUUGCUCUCAGCCCGAUGGAGGCGGCGAAGGUUAAAAUCCAAACAACUCCCGGAUUUGUCGGAACUCUGCGCGAGGCCCUUCCUUUGAUGUACAAGAACGAGGGUAUGGGCGCCUUCUACAAGGGUUUGGUGCCCUUGUGGAUGCGACAGAUCCCUUACACAAUGAUGAAGUUCGCCUGCUUCGAGCGCACCGUCGAACUCAUUUACAAGUUUGUCGUGCCAAAGCCCAGAGCCGAAUGCACAAAGGGAGAGCAGCUUGUGGUCACAUUCGCAGCUGGCUACAUUGCAGGUGUCUUCUGUGCGAUCGUGUCUCACCCCGCCGACACUGUCGUUUCCAAACUGAACCAGGAGAAGGGCUCGUCUGCCAUUGAUGUGGCCAAGAAACUUGGAAUGAUGGGUCUCUGGAAGGGAUUGGCGCCUAGGAUUGUGAUGAUCGGUACCCUGACUGCCGCCCAAUGGUUCAUCUACGACGCUGUCAAGGUCUGGCUGCGAAUGCCCCGUCCUCCCCCACCUGAGAUGCCCGAGUCCCUGAAGAAGAAGCUGGCCGCCGCACAGGCUUCCUAAACAAGCACAAACUCCAAAUUUUUGGAAAUCACACCGAGUUAGGCUGGCUCUGAUCUGUCCUCUAGAAGGGCCAUUCCAGCAUCCUGCCAAGCAGUUCUCACUAGUCGUAGCCACCCUAGCGGUCAGGCUCAAUCGUCACGCGAAAAUGUUAGGUCGAAAUAAAUUUAAUUUGCGUUGGAUCAGAAAAAAAAAUUACGA